ACUAUAUUACACUUGUCAGUGUCACACACGGAUUGUGAUACAGUUGUCAAAUUAAACUGAGGUUAUCAAAUCGCCGACUGAAAUUUUAUGCAAAACAAUAUUUUUUAAAUACACGAAAUAUUAAUAUUAACAAAAUGGUUGAAGCACAGAAGUACAGACUUGAGCAGGAGAUGACAAAUCUCGUCAAUGAGUUAGACAGAAGUUAUUUAAGAAAAAUGCAAGGUGACAUGCACAGAUGUGCAUCGAGGUGCUGUGAUGAUCAGCAGUCGUCCUUAGAGAGAGUGCAUGGCUGCAUAGAGAACUGUACCACACCUCUUAACCAAGCUAAUAACUAUGUACAGAAAGAAAUCAACCACCUUCAAAAUAGACUCCAGCGCUGUGUCAUGGACUGUAACGACUCAGUAAGAGAUAGACUGGGCCCCGAUCCCAGCCAGGAAACUAUCGACAAAUGCACGAUAGAAUUCGAGAAAUGUGCAGUGAAAUGCGUGGACAAGCACAUAGGUUUGAUUCCUGGGAUGAUGAAGUCGAUGAAGAAGGUACUAGCAAGUGGCAAACCACCUCCAGUGAGCAAUGAAUGAAUGACAAUUUGAAUGAACAUUAUUUCAUAGAAUAUUACCAUAAGAAAAUAUAUCAACAAUGUACUAUUGUUUCAUAAAUUAUGUAACAAAAAAAAAUCAACAAAAUGGUUACUCUAAUAUUUACAAUAUUGUUUAAUAUUUUCAUUUCCGUUUGUAUUUAUUUAUUAGCAUUUAUAAAGCCAAGUUGAUUGUAUGUAUCUUGAAUCGUGGUUGCCGGUUCAAAUAAAAUCUCUUCAAGCAUUUACUUAUUUUAUAAAUUUCAAAAUUGAAUAUAUAGGCUUAUAUCCAAAGGACUUUUAAAAAAGAAAUAAUUUUAACAUGAUAGUUUUAUGAACUUGUGAAUUAUAUUAUUUUCAAUAAAGUAUAUCAUUUAAUUUAAACAUAAUAUAAGUACCAUACUACUGAUCUAGUACAAAAGGGAAAUAAUUAUAUCAGAAGAUCGUGUUUCAACCAAAACCAUUCUAAUAUUGUAGAAUCUGCUCUUGAUAGCAGUAAUAGAGUUAUAAUAAAAAUCACACUGUAUUUUUUAAUUUGCGUAGUGUGCUCUUUCCGCGAUUUUAUCUUGCUUACAAAAACAUGUAAUCGUGUUACAAACAUGUGACGGAUUACAAAAAUGCGUAUAUUUUUGUAAUCUGUCAAUCAAUUGUUACUGAUCAAAUGACGUCUUAUAUUAUGUCCAAUCAUAACACAGUACACUACAUAAAAAAAUGCGUAUAGCUAAUCGGAAAAAAGAGGUGUUUUUCUUACGUAAAACGAAGUUUCUUUAAUUUGACCAGUAUAUAAAAAAUUACAUUUUUCCUUUGAAAUUGAACUGUAAGACUAAAUGUCAAAUGUGGUCAAACGCUUUAAAUGAAAUUCUACCACUUGUACUUUUUUAGUGUCUGGUCAAAUGGAAAAAGCGGGAGUCCGAAUACCAUCAAAUUUGCCCGAAAAAGCUAGUUUUGUCCGGACAUCUGGCAACCCUAAAAUGUCACAAAUAAUUAUACAAUAUACCUCUAUAAAUAAUAUGCCAUAUUUUAAAAUAGCUCUAAGGCCUUUACAAUACAACUCGCUUGGAGUGUGAGUCAAAUAAGUGUAUUUACAUAUUUUAAUAUGCUUUUACAAUGGAUGAUGACUUAAAAUACUUGUAAUAUAAAGUUAUUCGCUUGUUCUUCAACGUUCCAACAGAUGAACCUACUGAGACACGGAUAUCCGCACCAACGAACUUUACACGACCGUGUCGAUGAACUCAGUAAAUGUAAUAUUUAAUCACUUCACAUACUUAAACAAAACGGAUUAACUUGUAGUCAUUAUUGUUAUACUAUCUUUCUUAUGUAUAGUCUUUUAACAAAUUUUAUAAGAAUCUUGUUGGAAUAUUCUAGUUUGUACAGCGUAAUCGUAGUGUUUAGUUUGUUCUGAAUAAAAUGGUUUA